AUCAUUGGACAGCUGUCAUACGCCGCUGUGUCAACACUGGCUGAUUUCGGUCAGGUGUUUGGCUACCAUUGGGACAAUAAAGAGAACAAGUUGUUGGAAGCCCCCAAACCCAAGGAGCUGGACGUGACUGAGUUUACGCUCAAUCUGACCGGUGUAAGCCUCAGUCUGGUAGGCAGAGAGAGCGUCACCCACGUGCGUAUGGCCGAGGGCGCCAAAGUACAG